AUGCCUUUGGCGGCACUCCUGAUUGCCGCGGCCAACGCGCAGACAACCACAGUCGUCAAUGACCCUGCGGACACUGCUGCAACUACCGUGUACUAUUCCGUCUGUCCGACUGCCCUGACCACAACCACCACCUUGUCCAGCACCGUCACUUUCUGCCCCGGUCCCAACUGCAACGGGGGUGGUGCCGUGAUCACACCUCCUCCCAGCGGUCCAACAGGCACUGAAAUCCUCUCUUACACCACCACCCUUCCGAACGGCGAUGUCGAGGAAAUCCACGAGUAUCUCACCAUCUACCCCCAGAUCUGCAGCAACGGCCAGUCGAUCGGUCAAGCCACUUACACCAUUACAGAGACUUGCGCAUGCGAAUCUACCAAGAACCCAGCCUCCAUUCCCGAAGGCUUCACUACUACUGUUAUGUCUUGCGAUAUUUGCAACAAUGGCGGAGCCACCACCAUGACUAUUACUACGCCAUGCUCAACCGGUCCUUAUGCCACGCAGACUCCUGUCAUUGGACCCACCGGCGGUGCCGGUGCUCAAGCACAAGCAGCAGCAAGUGCAGCAGCUAGUGCACAGGCCGAGGCUGCUGCGACUGCGGGGGCUGGCUCGUCCGGUGGAAGCAGUGGCGGCAGUGGUUCUUCCGGGACUUCAGGUACUGGCUCCGGUGGCACCAACGCCAAUGCUGCCGCCAACGCCAAUUCAAAUGCCAAUGCUGAGGCUUCCUCUAACGGUCCUGUUGCUGGCUCGAAUUCGGCUUCGAAUUCGGCUUCAUAUGGUAACUCUGCUGCUGGUGCCAGUAACGGCGAAUCCGGUGCCCAAGCCAGCGCAAGCGCCGCCGCCAGUGCCGCCGCCAGCGCUGAAGCUGCGGCCAGUGGAAUCAACAGCGGCAACACCUACACGAACGGCACCGGCAACAAUAGCACUAUUUCACCGCCCAUCACGCCUGUUGUCCCCAGCGGUGCCUCCGGCGCGGGCGCCAGCAAUGCUAAGUUUACAGGUUCUGCCGAUAAACUGGGCUAUACCGUUUCUGGGGUCUUCGCUGUUGUUAUGGGAUGUUUAGCGUUCGUGCUGUGA